AUGGACCCCGUGCUGUACGUCUUAGCGGCGGCACUGCUGGCGGCGCUUUUGGUCUUCGUCAGCCGCGUCAGAAGAGAGGCGCGGGCGGAGGAGGAGGAGGAUGGAGCUGAAGCCGCAGAGUUCCAGUUUUCUGGGAAGAUCGGAGCAAAGAAGCAGCGGAAGUUAGAAGAGAAGCAAGCACGGAAAGCCCAGCGAGAGGCUGAAGAAGCUGAACGAGAAGAACGGAAGAAGCUGGAGCAGAAACGAGAGGAGGAGCGACGCAGGGAGGAGGAGCGCCACCGGCAGGAGGAGGAGAAGCAGGAAGAAGAAAAGAAGAAAGCCAAAGAAGAGGAAGAGCAGCGGGAGUAUGAGGAAUAUCUCAAGCUUAAGGAGAGUUUCAUGGUGGAAGAAGAAGGGGUAGCUGAAGCUAUGAAUGAAGAGGAGUCCCGUAGCUUUGUAACAGAACUUCUCGAAUACAUCAAGAGUGCCAAAGUGGUUCUUCUGGAAGACCUAGCUUCCCAUUUGGGCAUAAGGACUCAGGAUGCCAUUAGUAGAGUACAAGACCUGAUGGCAGAUGGAACGCUUACAGGUGUCAUUGAUGACCGGGGCAAGUUCAUCUAUAUCACACCAGAGGAGAUGACGGCGGUGGCUGAUUUCAUUCGCCGUCGAGGACGUGUGUCCAUUACUGAGCUGGCUCAACAAAGCAAUUCUCUGAUCAACCUAGAACCUGAGGCCAGAGUUGCCACGACAGGGGUGGCGUGAGAAGCAAAACUUGUGUGUUGUGGGGAGUUGAAAGUGCAGUGGUAAAAUGCGUUCAGUCCCCCUAUGAUUUGUAAUACCAAACUAAAAUAAACGUCUAGGGAGAGAUGCUUCUGGUCCGGU